CCAGUGACAAGGGCUGCGUCUAAAAUGGCGUCAAUUUUUUAAAACUAUAAGCGCACUAUUUAAGCUGUAAAAGCAGUUCCAAUAAGUGCACUUGUUUAAGAAGGUGGGAAGCCAUUUAGGAUUUGGCCGAGCUCCGCGCGAGCUUCUGUAGUAGCCAUAGGAACGAAUGAUGACAACACAAGGUGCGCGAGAGCCUUCUUCCUCUCUUCAGGGAGUUUCAAAUCCAAAGAAGCACUUCGGAUGGAAACCAGUUCACCUUUUUAUUAUAUGCUUCCGGCUUCCGGUCACGGUGAAGUUUGGCGCGAUUUCACAGAAGAAGCCAAGUUUCGCCAAUAUGGCUGGCGCUGCUCUACUAAUGAGGAGGAUUAUUCAACCACUACCCUGAUGGGAAACUGGUCGGAAAAAAGAUUCGACACUGGGAGAGCGAAAGCGUUACGACGCCCUCUGCCGUCUCAGUUCUCUCACUACUAUGACACCACAUACUCCUCCUCUUACAACAAGGAAGAGAAAUCUCCUGUUUACAGAUCUUUUAAGAAAGAGCCCAGAAGCUUCCCGGGUCAUCAGCCCGAACUGGACCCACCUCACACCAAACGUGUGCCGAACUCCUGCUACAGAUUGGACUUCGGUGGGCGCCACUCAUCUGGACAGACCAAAGUAAUCCAGGAAAAUAUUAGCAGGGAGCUGGACUCAUGCAUUGCUUCCAAAAACUGCUCUACAGCUUCUCAGUAAAGUCGAGUCUUCCUUCCGCGUACAUGUCCGUGUUGUGUGAAGAGCGCAUAACUUAUUCUGUUAAAGAUGUUACAAGUGCAAUCGUUGAUUAUUUUUGUUUCUUACUAGAACAACUAACCUUGGAAAUACAAGUGUAUUAUCUGUCUGGUCUGGUCUGGUAUGUUUACAUGGCCCUCUGGUCAAUCUUUUUAUAGACAAUGCCCAGCACUGCUUAAUUCCACCCCCAUUCUCAGUCUGUGAGCAAAAAAAAAAAAAAUCACACCAUGCUUCCAAAAAUUUAAUGACAAGAAACAUAGUAAAACUAGAAUAAAUGCUCGCACUGGACACGUAUGUAAGUGCACUCUGUAUAAAGUGUUUAUAGAAGUGUAUGCAGUGCUAGCUAACUACUUAACACGGGUAGUGAUGGUCAGCUGUAAACCUUAAGGGAACGCAUUACAAAGAAAAACAUUGGGGAUUCACUCUGAUUGAUUCACUAGCGAAAUCAAAGCUCACUCAUGACGAUUGUGAUCAGUUAACUGUGUUAGAAUUGUUAUAUGCUGGGUAUUAAACAGCAUGGCACAUAGAGUACUGUGCAAACUGAAAAGUGUUCUCUUUGGAAAAAUAACUAUGUAUUUGAAUGAAUGUGUUUUAGGUAAGUUUAAGGGGCUUAGGUUUAAUCCUCAGCUCAAGCAUUUCACCGCUGUCCAUGAGGGUUUCCUCUUGAGUCCUCCCACCUCUCAAAAACAUGUCAGUAGGUGGAUUGGAUGUGUUUUAUUGCCCUUAAUUGUGAAUGUAUGUUCUCCGAGGUGAAUAAAUGACAAAAUAAAAUUAUUUACAGUGGCAAGAAAAAGUAUGUGAACCUUUUGGAAUUUCAUGGUUUUCUGAAUAAAUUUGUCAUCUUAGUCAAGGGUACUGACAAAUAUAAUGUGUCUAAAAUAAUAACACACAAAAAAAUUCUGAUCUUUCAUGUCUUUAUUGAGAACAACCAAAAAAAUCUCAUAGUGUUUGUCAUUGUUUUAAUGGUUAUAAUGGGAAUUGUGUUGGUUUGAAUGAAACUGUAAUGGUCCCUGUGAGUCUCUACUGGACUCUACUUUGUUGUCCUUCUAUUGGUAACAUGUUAUGUCUAGUGGAUACCAUUAAGAACCAGUAAUGGUCAUAGUUUAAAAUGGUUAGCUGGUGGUUUGUAAUUGACAGAUUUUUUUUUUUUUUUUUUGUUAGGGUAAAAAUAACCCGGAAAAUACAAACCCAUUUAUGAAAUAAAAUGAACCCAGAAUUUUUUUUGUAAAAAUGAAACUGUCUUUUGGGUUGAAAAAACAACCCGCUUUGCAGGGUUAAAAUGAACAACCCAACUUGAUGGGUUAGAUUAACCCAGAAUGUGUUCUGUCCCAUAUUUACCCAGCCGUUGGGCUGAAAAUAACCCAAUUUGGGUCGUUUUAAACCCUUUGUUUGGACAAACAUCCGUUAAACGUAUAAAUGUGAAUAUUUGCUUUAGUAUCCUGCCUGACAGUUAUUCGUUCUGUUAUAUCACAGGGUUUUUUUUGUUUUUUUUUUACUUAGUCAAAGUCUAUAAUGUCUGAUUCAAGUGAUGUUCUUCAUGGUCUUGUUUGUAUAGUUCAUGCUUUACGUGUCACUAAAGAAGAACCGCGACACGGUAAACGUUCAUUUGAUGUACCUUUUUAUUUUCUAGGGAAAACCCCUACAAUUAAGCAGGCCAUCGUCUCAUUCA